AGACCCCGCCCAGCGCUCCGCAGACCCCACCCAUCGAUGCCGGCUUACAGUGAGCCGGCAGAGCGCAGGCGCGCGGCGACGUCACGGGAGGCGUCUGGCGUGGGCGAAACCUUUUGAAUCUAGUUGGCGGGAGUUGCUGCGAAUUAUACAGCAAUGGAGUCCGCCUCGGGAAGUGAGGAGAAUGAAGGCGGUGCGGCGAUAGAGGAGUGCGUGAAUAGGAUCCCGGUACCAAGACCACCCUCCAUUGAGGAGUUUACCAUAGUGAAGCCCAUUAGCCGUGGUGCAUUCGGGAAAGUGUACCUGGGACAGAAAGGCGGCAAGUUGUACGCAGUUAAGGUUGUCAAAAAGGCAGACAUGAUCAAUAAGAAUAUGACUCAUCAGGUACAAGCUGAGAGAGAUGCCCUGGCACUGAGCAAAAGCCCUUUUGUUGUGCAUCUGUAUUACUCACUGCAGUCAGCAAGCAAUGUCUACUUGAUAAUGGAAUAUCUUAUUGGUGGAGAUGUCAAGUCUCUCCUACAUAUAUAUGGUUAUUUUGAUGAAGAGAUGGCUAUAAAAUAUAUUUCUGAAGUAGCAUUGGCUUUAGACUACCUGCACAGACAUGGAAUCAUCCAUAGGGAUUUGAAACCGGACAAUAUGCUUAUUUCCAAUGAGGGUCAUAUUAAGCUGACAGAUUUUGGUCUUUCCAAAGUUACUCUGAACAGAGACAUCAAUAUGAUGGAUAUUCUCACAACGCCAUCAAUGUCUAAACCUAAGCAAGAUUAUUCAAGAACCCCAGGACAAGUCUUAUCUCUCAUCAGUUCUCUGGGAUUUUUCACACCAGUUGGAGAAAAAGAUCAAGAUUCUUCAAACAUGUUUUCAGCCCCUAAGUCUGAAGGACAACUUUCUCAAGGAUUAAUUUGUCCUAUGUCUGUUGAUCAGAAGGAGCCGACUUCAGAUUCAAGCAAACUGCUAAACUCAUGUUCUGAAACACUUGCAUCCAAUCCAGAAAUCCCUGUGAAAUGUCUGACUUCUAAUCUACUCCAGUGUAGGAAAAGACUGGGUACCUCAAGUACUAGUAGCCAGUCUCAUACCUUCGUAUCCAGUGUGGAGUCAGAAUGUCACAGCAGUCCCAAGUGGGAAAGAGACUGCCAGAGUACCAAGUCCUCAGGCUGUACAAGGAUGAGCUGGAAUGCAGUUGAAAUGCUGUAUGCAAAACCUACAAGUGCCAUCGAGACAACAGAUCUGGAGUUAACACUUUCUCCCAUUCGUGACAGCAGUGCCAUUCCCGCCACUGGAAGCAGCCAAGAGACCCUCCCUAGAAAAUGCUUCAGGGAAAUCUCUUGGGAAGCAAGAGAACUGGAUGUAAAUGAGAACGUGACCAUUGAUAAGGAACAGUCUGGUUUCUGUCAGUCCAGUCAGUGGGCUGUAGAUUCUAGUGUUACAUCUGAAGAACACCUUGGUAAAAGAAACUGUAAAAGAAAUUUCCACUUGGUUGACUCCAGUCCUUGUCAGGAAAUUAUACAAAGUAAAAAACACUGUAUAGAAUAUGAGGCCAAUAAGGAAAGGUCAGGCUGCUAUACAAAUCAAAAUACAGGCUUGACAGCUGAAGUCCAGAACCUAAAGCUGUCAGUGUGCGGAAGUCAGCAACAUGACUAUGCUAAUAAGGAGAACAUUGUCACCUAUUUAACUGACAGACAAACCCCAGAAGAACUACACAUACCAGCGAUCGCAAAGAAUCUUAUGUCUGAACUAGACGAAGACUGCGAGCUGAGCAGCAGGAAGGACUGCCUCAAUUCUAAUUCUGUGUGUUCUGAUGAGGACAGAGCCCCUAAAACUGUCUGUGUGGAUUCUGAUUCAUCCUUUCCUGGAGCGUCUAUGAUGGAAAGUUCACUGGAAACUCAGGCCUUAGAACCAGGUAAAAGCAUCAGAGACUACUCUUUUGAAGAACCAAAUACUGAAGAUCUACCUAUGUUACCAAAAUGCCAAGAGAAUUCCUUGCCAAAAGAUGACUGGCAUACUUCUAUCCAAGACAGUAGCCAAAUAUUAGCUCCUCCUUCAAGAGCGUCCAAAACAUUAACCUCUAAAACCAACAUCGUGGCUUUUCGAAGUUUUAACAGUCAUAUUAAUGCAUCCAGUAAUUCAGAACCAUCUAAAAUGAGCAUAACUUCUUUAGAUGCUAUGGACAUUUCCUGUGAUUACAAUGGUUCGUAUCCCAUGGCUGUGACUCCUACUGAGAAAGGAAGGGUCUAUAUGUCACAUCAGACUCCAAAUCAGGUCAAGUUGGGAACAUCAUACAGAACUCCAAAGAGUGUGAGAAGAGGAGCACCUCCAGUAGAUGAUGGACGAAUUCUAGGGACUCCAGAUUACCUGGCACCUGAGCUCUUACUGGGUACAGCCCAUGGUCCUGCGGUAGACUGGUGGGCACUUGGAGUUUGCUUGUUCGAAUUUCUAACAGGAAUUCCCCCUUUCAAUGAUGAAACGCCACAACAAGUAUUUCAGAAUAUUUUAAAAAGAGAUAUCCCAUGGCCAGAAGGUGAAGAAAAGCUAUCUGACAAUGCUCAAAGUGCAAUGGCCAUGCUUUUAACCAUUGAUGACACAAAAAGAGCGGGAAUGAGAGAACUGAAACAGCAUCCUCUCUUCAGUGAAGUGGACUGGGAAAAUCUGCAGCAUCAGACUAUGCCUUUCGUGCCCCAACCAGACGACGAAACAGAUACAUCCUAUUUUGAAGCCAGGAAUAAUGCUCAGCAUCUGACCAUAUCUGGCUUUAGUCUGUAGCAUGCAUGUCAUUUUUAUCUAACUUGUAAUAUAGAAUUAUGUUUUACAAUAAUAUGCUACUUAAUACUAGAUUGGUCUAAAUGGGAUAAGAGUCAUUAUUUUACCUAGACUAAACAGCUUUUAAUUACUAAGUACAGAGUUAAAAUAAAUAAGAAAUAUAACCAGUAAUUAAUCUUUACCCUAGAACUGUAUAUAAACCAUAAUAGCUUUUUUCAUCUUAUUUAUUCACAGCACUUUAUGAAGAACAGCAUAUCAAUAAACCAAAACAACACUACCACUCUAAAUAGAGGGAAUGAGCCAUAAGCUUAUCUGUAUCUGCUGAAUUUAAUUCUAUUCACUUUGGUGUUAAUAUCAAACAAAAAAAGCACCGUUCUGUUUAAAUUUAUUUGCACAUGGUUAUAUGCAAAGCUGUUCUUGGGGCUGUCAUAUGAGACAUGCAUGACUAUGAAAAUCAUGUGAGCCAGACAUGAUGAUGGAAGUCCCCAUAUUCAGGAGCAGAUGUAACACAGGCAUAUGAGUGCAAUGUGAAGACUAAGGCCAACCAGGACCAUAAUCCUCCGCAGUAUGUCUGCAGGGUGUGGACUAGUCAAAAGAACUGAGGUUCUAGCUCACCUUACUACAGAUGGAGUCUCACUGCCUUGAAUGCUCUUGGUGCUUCCCUCUACAAUUCCUGCUUGUUUAAGUGGGUAGUGGAAAGAUUGGGUAUGAUACUCUAAGUGAUUUUAAUAGCUUAUUCACUUUUAAUAGAAAAACUUAUACUUUACAUCAUAUCGUUUCAAACAUCGUGAGAGACAAAUAGUAAUAAUUACUUUUGCUUACUAAAUGUAACUGUAACUAGUGAUUUCAGUGUCGUUCUUUUCAAAGAAUAUGUACUAAGACUCAGCUCACAAGUCUUAUCUUAAACUAGUUGAGACUUUCAAUAUUUCCCUAGAAGAGCAAAAUUAAGGUUCCCAUGUGUCAUAGGUAAGGUUUUUGCUAAUCCCCUUUUGCAUACUGGCUUUAGUGCUUUCCUUCCCAGUCACAGCCCAGGUAGAAUGGAGUUUGAAAGAUGCAUAGGCAGUCCGUGCUUACUGUGCUUAUUUUAAGUAAAGACUACUUAAUAUUCCAGUCACCAUUUUUACUAAAAAUAUUCUAAAUAUAUUUACAACUUCAUUUAAUAUGACUCAUUUUCAAGUGACAGCAUAAUUCUACAGUCUGUUUACUCUACCAUCCUCAUAGUGUUUUCAAGUACUAGAAAGAAAAAAAGCUUUGGAAUCAAAAAUGGCUAAACGACUACUGCCAAGCUGAAAUGAUGUGGACAGGUUGAAGGUGAGCACUAAGAUGCUGGCGGCUGGAGUAGCAACGCUUAGUGUGCAAAGGGCCCUGUGUUCAAUCCCAUGGACACACAAAUAGUCAUUACCUUGUAGAAUUAGAGUAAGCAGAGCCAUAGUAACAAACAAACCUGGGGUUCAAAGUCCUGGCCCUUGAUAUGAGAGCACUGGACCCCAGCUUUGGGGACUGUUAAAAAUUAGUCUGCAGAAGCAAGCCCCUAGUGGGUUCUUAAAUCACUGGACAACUGGUUAUAGUGAAAUUAAAUUCUGCUGUGGAUUAUUGUGGGGUCCUGGCCCGCCUGGGGCUACAUGAAUAUAGCACUGAAAUAGUUAGAAAAGUAUGUAAAUGGGUGGCUGAAUAAGCAGGGAAACAGCGUGCUAUAUUUAAGUAUACAGAAGAGAAGCAUGAAGACACUAUGUAUAUUUUUUGUAAAAUGCUUUUUUCUACUUUGUUUUCAAAGAGUGAAUCAUAAACAGUUUGCACAUUUAUAUUUCAUUUUCUUUUAUUUGUACAGAAUGUAAUUAAAAAAAUAAUUAUUUCUUAUUUCAAGAUUAUUUAACUUA